UCGGCGCUCUGCUUGUGUGAAUGUGUGUGUGCGUGCGAGCGAGCGAGCGGAGUGUGCAGGGUUCGCAGGCGGCUCCGAUAGGCGUGCAGGUCUCCCUUUGCACAAUGGUCUUUGGAUCUUAGAGCGCUCCCGUUCAUCCGCUGCAAAAGGGGGGAGGGAUGGGGGGGUAAAGAAAGAAGAGAGAAUCUGCCCAUACGACGAGAGAGAGACAAGAACAGGAAUCCGGGCUGGGGAAUUAAAAAAGAAAGAGAGAGAGAGAGAAGCGGCAGUUCGAAUUAAGACAAGGGAAAAAGGAAAGUGGAAAACGGAUUCAGUUGGAUCUGCAAAAGACGUAGGGUUUUUUUCUUUUCUUUUCUUUUUUCUUUCUUCCUUUUUUUGGGGAAAAAGAUUACACUAUUCAUCAUCAUCAUCAUCAUCAUCCACGGUACAGCUCCACCACAGAAAGCAAAAUGUCAUCGUCGGGUAAAGACGGCAGCGGAGCGCAGCAUGCCCAGUAUGUGGGACCAUAUCGACUGGAGAAAACGUUGGGAAAAGGGCAGACAGGUCUGGUAAAGCUGGGAGUCCACUGUGUCACGUGUCAGAAAGUUGCAAUAAAGAUUGUGAAUCGGGAGAAACUGAGUGAGUCUGUGUUAAUGAAGGUUGAACGAGAGAUUGCCAUUCUGAAGCUUAUUGAACACCCUCACGUUUUAAAGUUGCACGACGUCUACGAAAAUAAGAAAUAUUUGUAUUUGGUACUAGAACAUGUUUCCGGAGGUGAACUCUUUGACUAUCUAGUAAAAAAAGGCAGGUUAACACCAAAGGAAGCCCGCAAGUUCUUUCGACAAAUCAUCUCUGCGUUAGAUUUUUGCCACAGUCAUUCAAUAUGUCACAGAGACUUGAAGCCAGAGAAUUUGUUGCUGGACGAGAAGAACAACAUCAGAAUAGCAGACUUCGGCAUGGCUUCUCUCCAGGUUGGGGACAGCUUGUUGGAAACCAGCUGUGGGUCCCCGCACUACGCCUGUCCUGAAGUUAUUCGGGGUGAAAAGUAUGAUGGAAGGAAAGCAGAUGUGUGGAGCUGCGGUGUUAUUCUAUUUGCACUUUUGGUGGGAGCUCUGCCGUUCGACGAUGACAACUUGAGAAAUUUAUUGGAAAAAGUGAAGCUCGGGGUGUUUCACAUGCCUCAUUUCAUCCCACCCGACUGUCAGAAUCUCCUCCGUGGCAUGAUAGAGGUGGAUGCCACGAAAAGACUCACGCUAGAACAAAUACAGAAACACACGUGGUACAUAGGGGGAAAGAAUGAACCUGAGCCAGAACAGCCAAUCCCAAGAAAAGUGGCCAUACGCUCCCUGCCUUCAGCUGACGACAUUGACCCCGAUGUUUUAGAGAGUAUGCACUCGUUGGGAUGCUUUCGUGACAAAAACAAACUCAUGAAGGACCUCCUCUCGGAAGAAGACAACCAAGAAAAGAUGAUUUACUUCCUCCUACUCGACAGAAAAGAACGGUAUCCAAGCCACGAAGAUGAAAAUCUUCCCCCUCGUAAUGAAAUCGAUCCACCACGAAAACGGGUAGACUCGCCGAUGCUUAACCGCCAUGGAAAGAGGAGGCCGGAGAGGAAGUCAAUGGAAGUGUUGAGUGUGACAGAUGGAGGAUCCCCGGUGCCAGCACGGCGUGCCAUUGAAAUGGCACAACACGGCCAGAGUAAGGCUGUGUUCAGUAAAAGCUUGGAUAUCUCAGAUGCCAAUCCCAAAUUCAACAAAGAAGAAAGCAGGUCCAGGUCCAUCAGCGGAGCGUCGUCAGGUCUUUCUACCAGCCCUCUUAGCAGUCCCAGGCCUAUCAGAAAGUUUUUUGUUCCUCCCCAGACACCUGACCUCACCUUCUCGCCCCGUUCUUCGCCAAACUCCCUAGAUCCUGAGCCCAAUCGGACUGCAGUCCAUUCGGCAAACAAUUCAUUGCAACCAAAGAUUGGCUCUCCGCAGCCCAACCCAAAGACUCAGACCCUUCCUGCCAAGACUAAAUUGUCUGAAAAGCCUCUCCAGUCAACCAGGUCCAACCCCCUCCCUGCCCCAACCUCUGCUCCCACCAGCCAGGAGUCAUCUGUCCCCUCCUCACCACAUCUGGCAACCCCAGCUAGGCAGGUGCGUCACCCCCUGAUGACUCCCCCUCAACUCUCAGUCCCCUGUGCCCAUAUCACACCCCUCUCUCCCAUCAGGCUGCACCAUCACCCUGUUACCGGUACUGAUCCAAACACCAAAUCUAUCCCCAUCAUACAGGUGACCCCUCACCCCUCCCCUAGGGGGAGCCCUCUCCCUACCCCCAAGGGAACGCCGGUGCACACGCCCAAGGAAAGCCCAGCCAGCACGCCUAACCCUACACCGCCCUCCAGCCCCUCCAUCGGCGGGAUGCCAUGGAGGACACGACUCAACUCUAUCAAGAACAGCUUCCUGGGAUCACCACGCUUCCACCGCAGGAAACUGCAAGUACCUACACAAGAGGAGAUGUCAAGCCUAACACCGGAGUCUUCCCCAGAACUUGCCAAAAAAUCCUGGUUUGGUAAUUUCAUCAACCUGGAGAAAGAGGAACAAAUUUUUGUGGUUAUUAAAGACAAGCCAUUGAGUUCAAUCAAAGCAGAUAUCGUCCAUGCCUUUCUUUCAAUUCCCAGCCUCAGUCACAGUGUCAUAUCACAAACGAGUUUCCGAGCAGAGUACAAAUCGACGGGAGGGCCCACGGUGUUUCAGAAACCUGUCAAAUUCCAAGUGGACAUCACCUACACAGAGGGCAAUGAGACACAAAAAGAGAACGGUAUCUACUCAGUCACCUUUACGCUGCUAUCAGGGCCCAGUCGUCGAUUCAAGAGGGUGGUAGAAACAAUCCAAGCUCAGUUGUUAAGUACGCAUGACCAGCCGUCAGUUCAACAGCUGUCUGACACCAUCCAAUGUAUGGAGCUGCUGACGGGCAAGCUUUUGAAAUGCGGCAGCCCAUUGAGUAACUUCUUUGACGUAAUUAAACAACUUUUUUCAGACGAGAAGAAUGGGCAGUUGGCCCAGCAGCCAGGUACGCCCUCCAAGCAUGGUGCAAACAGCAAGCGACAUGAGCCCGAUGCUAAUGACUUUGGCUCUCGAGGUGACUCUAAGUAUGCAGCAGGCAAAGACAAGGCAAAGAUGGCUGUGGCAUCUGUUGGGACACAUGAUCAACCGUAAAAUUAAAUGACACCAAAAUCCAACAGAUUGUAGCAGGCUAGUCCCUGGCACUAGUAAGGUGUAAAUACGAGCACUUCGCUACAUCGAGCAUUUUGUACGAUGGAAUGACUGUACAUAUAUGCUGUAUAGAGAGAGUGAGCGAGCGAGCGAGCGAGAAAGAGAGAGAGAGAUGUCAAUCAGACAGUUAACUGAAGCGCCGUGGCACAUAUCUUUACCGUGCCAUCGGCAGUUUUUCAUUUUUUUUUUUCUUUUUUUGUGCACCAUUUUUUCUUCUUCUGCUCAUUUUAUGAUGACAUGACUUGUUUCCACUCUACUGCCAGGAAUUGUCCAGAAAAGUUGUUAAACCCCCCAACCCCAGCUGUGUGGCCGUGUGGCUCCAGAUAAUUGUUGAUGGAAGGCCGUUUUCAAGUCAAGUAAGCAAAUCUAUGGAACCCGGCGAACCCAAAAUCUCCCCUUCCUGUCCCUCCCACUGUGUGACCGGAGAAGGCCCCCAAGCCAAGAAGACAGCCCUUCAGGCAACAGUUACCGCAGUGCAUUAUGGGAGGGGGGGGUGUUCAAAGAUGAAGAACACCUCCAGCUCGGAGCUAAAGAGGACCAGCAACACAGCAGACAGCUACCUUUCCUUCUGGAGACAACGGGAUUUGUGUCCAUGGACACUUUUAACAGACUUGAAUGCCAUUGCUGCAGAACAAUUACAAAUAUGGACCUCUGGGGGGGUUCACCAAAUGAAAGAUGCUGCAUGACAGCGCCCCCUGCUGUACAGACUCAGAAUUUGUUUUCUUCUGUAUAAAUUGUCGCGUAGUGACAUUUUGUUUAGCUGUAGGGAAGGUUGAAACAUUGUGUUGCCAGAUUUUGGAUCUUUCCAGUAUUAUUUAUUAUUUUGAGGUAUUCGAUAUUUUACAUUUGGUUCAGUUCAGUCGAUUGACUUGUUUAUUUAUUUUUCAUUUUUAACUCACCCCUUCCACAUGCUAAUUUUGUUUGACUGUGCAGUGUUGCAUCUCUACGAUGGAGACCGAUGUAUACUUUAGAUAUGAUUGUGGAUAUUUUUGUACAUUUUUUCCUGUUUCUUAAUUUAUUACGUCUUGGUUAUAUAUAUGAAAUCAGUUAGCAAAGAUUGUAUGUUAUGUAUAUUGUGUUAAGGCAACACUGGUUAAUUUAAACAAUAUGCUUUACAUUUCAUUUGAUUUCUCAGAGCUAUGUGAACAAUGACAGACAUUUCUUUCUUUCCCAGCUUCGAGGAAAAAAAAAUACUUGUAGUAUAUGUUAAAAGAAAUAAUAAUUUACAAGUACUUUAAGGAUGUAGACUAGCCUCAGUGUCUGGACUUGAUUAUCUUCUAUUAAUAUUUGUUAGUUUCAUAUCAUUGUGUGUGUACUGCAGGUUUAAAAAAUUGAAAGAAGAAAAAAUUUCUUUCUUUGUAAAUAUAUUUGGGCGAUGACCUUUAACCUUCCAGAAAAAAAGGGGAAUUCCUGUUCUUGGACUUUUAUCUCGUAUUACCGUGUGCAUGUCAGACAUGAGCUUUUCUUUGCAUGACGUUGCUGUAAUUGUUCCAUAUUGCUCUGUCUUCUUUCCCUUCACAGCUUUUCAUAGUUAUUAUUUAUUUAUUUAUUUCUUAUUUAUUUUUUCUUUCUGUCUCUCUUACUCUCUUAUUUCUUCCUCUUU